GUCUGUUACACGACCAAACCACGCGCACCACUGUUAUAGCACGGACGACUAUGGCACCCGUGAAGUCUCCAAAAUCUGCUGCACCGACAGGUAAAGAUCUUCGCUCUUUCUUCGGUGGUGCCGGAGGAGAUAAAUCCACAACUACCAAAUCCGACCGCACAAUGAUGCCUGACAGUGACGGCACUCCACAGAAAAAGAGUCUCAAGCGAAAAAAUACUGUCGUUAUCUCGAGCGAUGAGGAGGAUGAACCCGUUGUGCCAAAGAAGAAAGUGGCCGUCGCUGCGAAGUCUGCACCGAAGGUAGUUGCCUCGACCUCGACCUCGAAAGUGGCUGCACCGAAAGCAGUUGCGUCAGCAUCUAUCUCAAAAGCUACCGCAUCGAAGGUAGUCGCGUCAACAUCAACCUCGAAAGCAACUACAUCGACAAGCAAGACCAAGACGAACGGAAAGGCACCUGUCAAAUCGAAGAAAUCAAAGGAUGUCGAGUUUGUGGUAGAUUCUUCCGAGGAAGAAGGAACAGAGGAGAGUGAGGACAACUAUGAGGACGAGGAAGACGUCAAACAUGAGAAGAAGGGUAAUGCUAAGCCGCCCCCAAAGGCAAAGCCACCCCCAAAGGCAAAACCGCCCCCCAAGAAACCUCCCCCGCAGAAAGUUCCUGCAACGAAGGCAGCAGCCAAAGGAAAGGAUAAAGAAGAGAACGCGGAACCACCCGCCAAACCCUCCAAUUGGGCUGCUGCAAGGGCCGCAAAAUUAGCCGGGCCGUCCGCCCCUGGUUCGAAACAGGUCCCUGAGCCCAAGUCAUCCAACUGUCUCGAGGGGCUAGCCUUUGUCUUUACCGGCGAACUCAGCAGCUUCUCUAGAGACGAGGCAAUAGACCUAGCGAAGCGGUUUGGGGGGCGUGUCGUAGGGCAACCUUCGUCAAAGACAUCGUUUGUCGUCCUGGGUGACAACGCCGGUCCUUCGAAGCUCAAUGCAAUCAAAAAGCACCAACUCAAGACGCUUUCCGAGGACGAGUUCCUUGAUCUAAUCGCCACCCGCCAAGGACCGGGCGGAUCAGGUGGUGGCGAGUUAGAUGACAAGACCAAGAAGAAGAUGGCAAAAGAACAGGAAACGAUCAAGCAGGCUGCGAAGGAGCUCGAGCGGAGGGAGAAACAAGCGUCAAAGGAUGCCGGUGAAUCUGGCAGCUCUAAAACCGACGUCUCAAACCAGCUGUGGACAACAAGAUAUGCUCCUCAAUCAUUAAAGGAGAUCUGCGGCAACAAAGGACAGGUGGAUAAACUACAGCAAUGGCUUCACGACUGGUCAGAUAGUUUGAAGUGUGGUUUCAAAAAGCCGGGGAAAAACGCUAUGAAUGUCUACCGCGCAGUAAUGAUCACUGGCCCGCCUGGUAUAGGUAAGACUACUAGUGCACAUCUUUGCGCCAAGCUCGAAGGCUUCACGCCCAUCGAGCUUAAUGCAAGUGAUGCGCGCAGUAAAAAGUUAGUCGAGAGCGGUAUGAACAUCAGCAACCUGUCGUUAGAUGGAUGGAUGGGUGGACACGAUGCGACAAACGCGGCAGGAGUCAGAAUCACCGAUAAGACGUGUCUCAUCAUGGACGAAGUCGACGGCAUGUCCGCUGGUGACAGGGGUGGCGUUGGCGCUCUCAAUGCCUUGAUCAAGAAGACAAAAAUCCCUAUUAUCUGUAUCGCUAACGAUAGAGGUGCCCAGAAGCUAAAGCCACUCAUCGCGAAUACUUUUGGCAUGCCAUUUAGACGGCCCGAGGCUCAAGCUGUCCGAUCACGCAUAAUGACGAUCGCGUACAAGGAGAAGAUGAAAAUUCCCGCCAACGUCAUCGAUCAGCUUAUCAGCGGUUCUCAGUCAGAUAUUCGACAAGUUUUGAAUAUGUUGUCGACGUGGCGAUUAUCUAGUAGUAGCAUGGACUUUGACGAGGCGAAGAAUCUUGCCAAGAUCAACGAAAAGUACACAAUCUUGACGCCGUUUGACGUGACGUACAAAAUUCUUGGUCCGUACGCAUUUGGGCCGAACGUUCGAGAGACAUUGGGCGACAAGAUGGAAUUGUACUUCCACGAUCAUUCUUUCGUCCCGCUUUUCAUCCAGGAAAAUUAUUUAAAGACUCAACCUGUCAAGGUUCGGAACCUCGAAGGGCCUCCGAAGAUGUUGAAGCAACUCGAAUUGAUGGAUCAAGCUGCAUCUUCUAUAUCUGAUGCCGAUCUCGUCGAUGCUCUGAUUCAUGGGCCAGAACAACACUGGUCGUUGAUGCCAUUACAUGCGGUGUGCUCGAUGGUGCGACCUGCUUCAUUCCUGUUUGGUGCAGGCAGCGGAUACGGCGGCCAAAACCCAAUGACGUUCCCUCAGUGGCUAGGACAGAAUUCGAAACAGAAUAAGCUUAGUCGACAACUGGGAGACGUGCAGGUCCGAAUGCGGCUUAAAGUCUCUGGGGACAAGCACGAGAUCCGACAGUCGUACAUCCCUGCACUGUUCCCUCACAUCGUCAAGCCAUUGAUAGAUCAAGGCGCUGCCGCUGUCGACGACGUCAUUGAACGGAUGGAUGAAUAUUAUCUUUCCCGUGAAGAUUGGGACACUGUCGUUGAGCUAGGUGUGGACAUGCAGAAAGACGACAUCGUUAACAAGCUCAUCAAACCUGCGACAAAGACAUCGUUUACGAAGAAGUACAACAGCACGGAUCAUCCAAUACCCUUCCACAAAGCAACAGACCUCGGGAAAGUACCUAAAAAACUCUCAGGAGGUCCCGCGCCUGAUUUAGAAGACGUUUUCGAUUUGGACGAUGAAGUCGUCGAUGUGUCUGAUGAUGAAAAGAAGAAAGUUAAGGAUGAGGAUGAGGUCGCUGCUGAUAAGUUGUUCCAGGCUAGUAAGCCCAAAACUCAGAGUCGGAAGGGUAAGACAACUACAGUCAAAGGCAAGAAGGCUCAGAACUUUAUGUGAUUUAACUAUCGUGGACUUAUAAUGACUGGCUUUUCAUGGAGUGCUGGCUCGUCUUAAUUGCAAGCCUGAGGACGACGCAGUUGCGCGCGUGGGGAGGACUGAAUUCAGCAUGCUUGUUCAAAGGCCAACUCCCGUGACACCGCCCGCUACAUUGGAGUCGA